AUGAUGGACGACGGAGGCCGAAGACGCGGCCAACGCACCGAGCGCCAGCGCAGGGAGCACUUGGUGAUUCCGCGUACGCCGACCACAAAUAACGUAGAUGCCGCCCUGAGCAGCGCCGACAGCGAUUCGGCCUUCUUUCGUUCGGCUGCAAAUGGGAAUGGCGGCGGUGGAGAGCCCUGGAGUGGCGUCGGGUCGGGCGCUACGCCGCUGUCGCCGCUACGCUCCACAGAGAAGGCCAAGUCCAAGUCGAGCAAGCGCGCCGAGUGGAUGCAGCGCCAGCUCAAGCAGCGCGCCGGCACGCUCGAGAAGCUCGAGGCGCUGCUCAACGCCAGUGCCGCGGGCGACGACGACGACGAGCAGGGCGACCUCGACUCCAUCGCGCACAUCGACAAGGACCUCAUCCCCAAGAUCUCCCGGCUGCGCGGCGACCGCGAGGAGCUCAUCCGCAUGUGCUCCGACGCCGUGCAGGAGCUCAACCGCAAGGAGGAGCAGAACCGGGCGCUCGAGGAGGCCAACGCGGCCCAGGGCCGCAUGAUCGAGGACCUCCAGCGACAGAUGCAAGAGCUGCGCGAGCAGAUGCAGCGGCUGGCGACGGCCACCACCCAACCACCAGCGGCGCCACGUCAGCAACAGCAGCAGCAGCCGUCGCGGCCGUCGAAAGCCUCUGGUGGUGGCGGCGGCGGUACGCGGGCGACGUCUGGGCGACGACGCAAGGCGCGCGGAGGUGGGCGGGAACGAGCGAGCGAUCGCAGCCUCGACGACUCAGACGAAGAGGAAGAGGAGGAGAGAAAGGGAUUGAGGUUCAGCAGCGACGAAGACGACGACAAUGUACAUAGCAGCAACGGACGACGCCGCGGCGGGGGAGGAAGGCACCAUCACCACCAUCGCCGGCGGCGACGCUAUGACGACAAUAGCGAUAGCGAGGGGAGCUACAGCGAUGACGAGGCGAACAGCAACAGCAGCAGCGACGACGACGACGAUGCGUCGGGCCGACGACGAGAUCGACGGAAGCACACGCGCACGGGCAGCAGCACCGCGCACCGCGACGUACAACAGCAACAACAAAGCGGGCGGGACAAGGAGGGGAAGGAGAGGAGAAGGCGGCGGGGCCGUGGGUCCGGAGGCGAGAGCGAAGAGGAACGCAUAGCAGCGGCGGCAGCUGCGGCGGGCGGCGGUCGACAGAAAAGAGGACACCCCGGCCAUGGUGCCGGCGGUCUGGAGCACACGGUGUCGCACCUCUCCAGCCGAUGCUCGGACCUGGAGCUCGGCAAGAAGCUCCUCUGCGUCAAGCUGGCCUCCACGACCGAGAGGCUCAAUAACAUGCACUUACAAAACAAGGCCCUCCUCAACGCGAUGUACGCCUGUUCGGUGCACAACGCGGAAGUCAAGACCAUCCUUGCACGUAUUGAGCACAAAUAA